UUGUUGUCCCUCAGUCAACACGAUUUCACGAUGCUCAGCAGCAGGACGAAGCUGUUGCUUUUGAAGAAGAAGCUCCUUCUUCUAAAGCUGAAAGAACAGCAACAACAGCAACAGCAGAGGCGGCGUGUGUGGGUCCGGCCUGCGAUCCUUGAGCGCAAAGAGAGGAGUCUCUACUACACCGCGAUGCGUCGGCUUCGUGAGGGAGAUCACGAUGCUUUCCCCAAGUUGUAUCGCAUGACACCGCGGCUAUUUGACAUUCUGCUGUCCUUUGUGGAGGACGACCUAACGCGGCAACAUUUUGUCAGGGAGCCCCUGGAACCAGCAGAGCGACUCGCGAUAACGUUGAGUUACUUAGCCUCAGGCAAGGACAUCAAGGAAGUCGCCAAUGCUUAUCUGGUGGGAACUGAAACUGCACGGAAGACCAUUCAUGACACCUGCCGGGCGAUCUGGACUCGUCUGAAGCACCGUUUCAUGAAGGUGCCAGCUGCAGAAGACUGGUUUCAAAUAGCUGACAACUUCGAGAAGCGUUGUCAGUUUCCUAACUGCCUGGGUGCUGUUGGCGGCAGGCAUGUGAAGAUCGCCACCCCUCGCCAUUCAGCUAGUGGAUACAUGAACCACAAGGGUUCUUCCUCUGUGGUGCUGGUAGCUGUCGUCGACAGUAAGUGCAAGUACACUUUCGUUGACGUCUACGCCGAGAGCCGUGAUCAGCAGAGCGAUGUAUUUGAAAGCUCAGACCUUGGCCAGGCACUUCUUGGUGGCUCUCUCGACCAUCCUUCGACGGCUGUGUUACCCCGAUCUGACGGAAACAUGGCCCCCUACGUCUUCGUCGGAGAUGAGGCAUGUCCGCUACAGAGGAACCUCAUGGUACCAUUCCCCGUGGGAGAGGCCAAAGACGAGAGAGCAGUCUUCAACUACAGGUUGAACCGAGUGAGGAGAUGCUCAGACAAUGCCUUUGGACUCACAGCAGCUUGUUGGAGAGUGCUGCUACAAACCAUUAACCUACAGCCAAGCAAUGCCGACUACGUCAUCAGGGCAGCCUGCAUAUUGCACAACUUCCUCACCGACUUAAACCCGCAGCUGGAAGGCUAUAGAGACACCGAAGACAGUGUCGGUAACGUGACUCCAGGUUGCUGGCGGCAGAGUGUCGAAGAGGCGAACGAAACGGAGCCGCACUAUUUUCCCCUCGAGGCAAAGCAUGCUAAAGAUGGGGACGUGGCUGGUGCAGAGACCAGGAACAACCUCAUGGCGUACUUGUGCAGCAAUGUGGGAGAGAUUCCGUGGCAAUGGCACGUGCCAGAUGUGUCGAAGGAGGCCACGCAAGCACAUCUGUGUGAACAGCCGCUACUCUCGGCUUCAUCAUGA